UGAUCAGCUGAGUGAGUCCCGCAGCUAUCAACACCGGCGACACAUGUGAACGGUAAACACUGGUCCUCUCUCAACGCCCUCCCAUUGACCUUACCUCUGACCAGACUGACCUGACCAACCUACGGAAGGCCUAACACUGGGAAAGACACCUGACAGUUGCCUAACAGUACACGAUACUUAGACGCAUCAGACAGGACACACGAUACCACUGGUGGGCCCACCCUCCAGCUGUGUCCUAGACACUGCCGUCACCACACUCAGCCCACAUGCACAGGCUAGGCCUGACAGACACCCCUCACUGCCCCUGGUGGCCCACACAGCCAGACUCUCCAGAACACCGGCUGCUACACUGCCCCGCCACCACUCCCUCUCUCCUGCUCUCCUCCACUCACUGACAUCACUCCACAUCAGUAGCCAUCACUAGCAGGCCUCCUGGGUGGUUCCCAAGCACAGGUCUUCCUCCAGAAAACUAGACCGCUCACCAGAAUCUGACCAGAUAACCUGUGUGCUGCCAGCACCUUUUGGGACACUAGAGGCUGUGGCGCCACAGCCUGCGAGGCCCUCACUUCCCCAACAAGAAAGCUUUAAAUGCCAGGAAGAUAAAAACCUAAACUAAGUAUUCAACAAUGACGAGACAGGAAUCAUACUUAACAAGCAACAAAAAUGACAUGAAGUGGUGAAGGAGAGAAAAAAAAAAAAAAAAAAAGUGACGUGACUGGCUGGUGGCUGGUGGCAGGCUGCUGUGAUUGGUGGACAAGGGGAGGCUGUGGUCAUGCUGUCUGUGGGGCGGCGCAGUGCUGUGUGCUGUGCGAAGGGUGGCAAGUGUGUCUCUGUGUCACCGAGGGCAUGGCAUAGAGGCAUUAGAGAGUGGACAGGGAGUGCCCCACUGGAAGAGGUGGUGAGGACGCGGCGGCAGCAAGCCCAGCGCACCCUGCUAGUGGAGGUGGCAGGGGCAUCCUCGGCGGCUGAGCUGUGCAGGGUGUGUGGACAGCAUGGCAGGGUGCAGGCUAUGUUCCACUACACCCUGCCACCUAGAGGGCAUGUCAGGCCCAAGGAGAUGAUCUUGAUAGAAUACAGUGAGGUGACAGAAGCAGAAGAGGCCCUGAGGUAUGCCAGCCAUGCCUCCUCCAAGGACCACCCCCCCUCCUACUCCCCCAUGGUGUGGCUGUCUGCAGGAAGGGGUGCCACUACCCCCAAGAACCCCUACCCUACUCCCCCUGUCACCCUCACGCCUGCCGUCACACAGGAGGAAGUGUUGCAAAGGUUGUCGCAGUGUUCUAGUGUAUCAGAUCAGAUUCAGACUCUUCACGAUGCACAGAAACUCACUGAACUGGGAUGGCGUCUCAGGUUCUUCACUUGUCGACAGGUGGAAUCAGCACUGUCAGGUCUCUUUCCCCGCGCUGUGGUCUUCCCCUUCGGCUCCUCUGUCAACUCCUUCGGUCAUCGGGACAGUGACCUCGACAUGACCUUAGAGCUGGCAGGGGACGGCACCACACAGGAUGCGUCAGGUCGGCUGGUGUUUCAGGGCAAGCAUUCGAGCACCUCAGCCAACCCUCGACUCACACUGCAGCGGAGGAUGGAGGUCAUAGCCGAGCUGAUUGACCACUUCCUGCCCGGCUGCUCCCAGGUUCAAAGGAUUCUCAAUGCAAGAGUGCCGAUUAUCAAAUACCGACAAGAGUUGACUGCUAUUGACUGUGACCUUACCAUGUCCAACAGGUCAGGCUACCACAUGAGUCGAAUGCUGCAUCUGUACGGCUCAUCAGACAGCCGUGUGGUGCCUCUUGUGGGGGCGGUGAGGCGCUGGGCUCGGUGCCGUGGCAUUACCUCUCCCCACGCUGGCCGCUGGCUUACUAACUUCUCCCUCACAAUGAUGGUGAUGACUUACCUUAUGAACACCUCUCCUCCUGUGCUCCUGCCCCUCACAGCCCUCCAUGUGAUGCCAGGUGUGGAUGAGGAGACGGGAGAGCCAGUGUUCCAAGUGCCACCAGAGAGUGCCACCACUGCCACGACCACCGCCAGCAGGAACACAGAUUCACUGGAGUCUUUACUAAGAGGCUUCUUCGAGUUCUUUGAUAAAUUUAACUUCCGAGAGAGAGGAAUGUCAAUUGUUACUGGCAAGGAUUUUGUGAAGCCAGUCCACUGUGCUUUGUAUAUACAGAAUCCCCUGGACCGUGACCUCAAUGUGAGCCGCAAUGUGACCCUAGAGGAGGUGGAGAGACUCAAAACUGAGGUCACACAUGCUCGGUUCUUAAUGGAGGCUGAGGCGCAGGACAGUGACGGAACAAACAGCGGCACUGAGACGCUGUGGGGGGCGCAGCGUCUGUGGUGGCGCAGCAGUUCUGUGACACAGCGGCACAUUGACACUGUGAUAGACUGGCGUGCUGUGUUCCACCCCGCAGAGAACCCAGGACGCCCCAAGAAGGUGGAGGUGGUGGGUGAGAACAGUAAAGGGAAGGAGUUGCCCAGCUUGGUGUCCAAACUGAAGCAGAAGGCACAGCAGAGAAAGAAUCAUUCCCCCAGGUACACUCGUAAAGGGAAGAUACUGUAAGCUGCCUCUUUUUUGUAUGCUAGGUCUUGCUGGGAACCUUCAGGACUUAGACUGAGCUCCUACUUCUCUGGCGGGUCCUCUUGGUAGCUUCCAGGUCCCAAGUCAAGAUAGAGGCUGAAUACUUAUGUUUAUCUGUCUUUUAAAUGCAAAGAUGGCUAGUUAGGUCGUGUCUGGGUCACUGAGGAAGAAAAGAAGAGUGAUGGUAAGUGAGGAGAACAGUGAAGGGAAGGAAUUGCCCAGCCUGGUGUCUAAACAAGAAGACACAGCAGAGGAAGAAACAAGCCCCUACAUACACUCAUAAAGGGAAGACACUGUGAGCUGCCUCUCUUAUGUGCUAAGUCUUGCCAAUACUCUCUGAAUAUUCACUUCCUAGUCAUUGGUGUAUUCUGGUAGAGAUAGACAAGUUCACAUUUCUGGGACCUGUAGCUCUGACUGGACCAAAGGUGAUGAGAACAGAACAAGAAGUGAGAAAAUAUGUGAUCUGCUUCCUGUGUUUGUGUGAGGUGAUUGUGUGGCAGGACUAGAUACUCUGGUCCUGUUGUGGUGUCUUACUGCCAGGAGUCAUAGCUCUAUCUGACUGUGUAAUAUAUGGAUUGGUGAUUCCUGCUCCUCACCAGAAGGGCAUCUGUAUUACUUGUGAAAAUAUAAGUCAUGCUGUACAGAAUUUGUAA